AGUCUAUCUAUCAGUCUAUUCUCUGAUUUGGAGCACUGACUAAAAAACAGUUUUUACCUGAAGGCCAUCAGGCUCCUAAAAAAAAGUUAUGUAUUUUGUCAUAAUGCUAAAGCACCAGUAGGGGAGCUGUUCUAUAAAUUUUAGUUAGUCGGUGUCCAUUUUCAACAUCAUAUUUAAGUGCAGCUUCCUCUAUUUCAGACCACUGUGUGUUCUGAUACCUUUCUAUCAUAGCCAGCAUUAACUUUUCAAGCAGUUUUUACUACAGUUUGUGCUUCUGUGGGAUUGGACCAGAUGGCUCUAGCCUUCGAGCUUUCAAGUCUUGGGUCCCAUGACCCUGACACCAGUUCACCAGUUGUCUUUCCUUGGACCACUUUUGGUAGGUACUAAACACUGCACACCAGUCACACCCCACAAGAGCUGCCGUUUUGGAGAUGCUCCGACCCAGUUGUCCAUGCCAUCACAAGUUGGCCAGAUUUUGCUCAGAUCCUUACACUUGUCCAUUUUUUCCUGCUUCCAACACAUCACCUUCGAGAACUGACUGUUCACAUGCUGCCUAAUAAAUAUAUUCCACCCCUUGACAGGUGCCAGUGUACUGAAAUAAUGUUAUUCAUGUCACCUGUCAGUGGAUUUAAUGUUAUGGCUGAUUGGUGCAUGUUACAGCAGCUAUUAAAAGUUGUUUCCUCCCCAGCCUCAAUUUUUAUUCUCUCUUAAAGUUAAAACUUAGUCACAGCUUUACCUCUGACUGAUACAAAGUGCUGACACUGGAGACUCCUUCCAUAAUGGUGUAAUAAACGUCUCCUUCCAGAAAAGUUCAUCAUACGAACAAUUACUUUUUGUUUUUAAACUAUUUAUGUGGAGUAUUCACAAUACAAGUUACCUUGAAUGAGCUGUGACCAUAAAAACAAUGACGUAUUAAAACAAGCACAUUAUUAUAAACAUGAGUUUGCAGCUGAACUACUUUAUAGGGGGAAAAAUCAACCAGUCAGAAUCGAGCAUUCAACAGCACUGAGGUAUAAAAGGUCAGUGGUCAGUUGUGAAUGGUUUGUAUUUUUCUUGUAAAUUUGUAUUGUAAUGCUGUGGGUGUACAUGAGGCUGCUUUUCAGCACAUAAAGAGUGAAGGAGAUUUUAGAAAAAAGUUGUGGUCAGAGCGCUUCCGCUCUCCUGCAUCUAAAACACAACUGAAGUGUUUCCUGACUGAAGCAAACGAUUUCAGAGUGCUUCUUAACAGGGUUCCAGCGUCAGCAUGACAAGGGUACUUUGGUUCUAUCUACUUGUGUGCUGUGGAGCUGCAGAAGGUUUCACAGAGAAGUCGGUAGAUUUGGGACAAAAUGUGACUCUAAAGUGUGAGGUCUCUGUAAGAGAUGUGUUCUGGUUCCUCAUGAAGCCGUCAGAACCUCCAGUGUUUAUAUUACGCUCUUUCUCAAGUAGAAGGCUGACGCCAGAAUACAGUAACACGACCUUCAGCAAGAGAUUCUUACUACAAUAUAACAGCAGUUUAUUUAUACACAAUAUCAGUACUAAUGAAUUAGGAGUAUAUUAUUGCAUUCAAACUCAAACUGGUUCACCUCCCGACAUCAGCAGUGGAAUCAGACUUUACAUCCGGAAUCAUUCAGCUGAGAAUCAGACGUGUAAAACUGAGCAGUGUCAGAAUCAAACAUGCAGUACAGCCGAAGAAACCAGCCACUUGCCGAUUCUCAUCAUAUCAGUAACAUUCAACUGUGUUCUGGUCAUUGUAGUUGCAGUUUUUACAGUGUGUCACUGCAGAAGACGUCCAAAAACUCAAGCACAACCCUCAGAUCCUGGUUUACAGCCGCGUCAGGACAGUACCGGCCCUGUGUACGCCGAGGUGCAGUUCAGCAAGAACGGACCCGUCAGGACAGCUAACGGACCCGUCAGGACGGCUAACCUCGACAGCACGUACGCUCUUGUAAAUCUGUGACCCGGAGUGACCCCACGCAACACCUUGGACCACACGUGACGUUUCAUCAUAUUCAUAAAGAAGGCCCGUUUCUGCAGCUUCCGUGUAUGGACAAUUCACAAAUGAGUCGUUUGAAAAACCAGAUGAACUGAUUCACAAGCAUGAACAAAUCUUUUUUAUUAUUAUUUUAUUUUAUUUAAGGGCUAAAUUUAUAGAUGUACUUUUGUAGAUGCUGUUCGAGUUGCGAAUCAAAAAACUCACAUUCUUAUGAGACACUUAAGUGAGUCAUUGGACUGAAAUGAGUCAUGUUUCAAACCCUGAUAAUGUUUAGUUAGUGUUUCUACUAGAGUGUCAGCCAUUUUGAGAAACAUUUUACAAAAGGUGGUGGGGGGGUGGGGGGUUGGGGGGGCAGGCAUUGUCAUCUAUCUCUCGCAGGACAAGAUAUUUUCCCAUAAUGCCCUGGCAGUGUUUCAGUUAUGCUGCAUUUAGACUGACCUCGUUAGUGUAGGAAGUUGGAAGUUACAUCAUUUUCGACCUCUGUGCAUUCAGGCUACAAUGUGGGGGAAAACCAUGGACGCCUCCAUGCCAGCUAACUGCGAUGAGCGAUGUAUAUUCACCUAUAAAGGCAGUGUAUAUAUUUUAACAAGCACAUAUGUCUGUAUGUUGAUUGAUCUAAAGCAAAUACUUGUAAAUACAGUAAUAUACUCGGGUAAAGGUAAGAAAUUGUUUACUGAUGCUGAAGCAGCCAUUUUGAUUUGCCCUUACUUGCUGAACUCGGGGUCGAGGAGACGAGUCGAUGAGCAGGAAUUCUGAGUCGAGGGAGCGCUUUCGUUCAUUUUUUUUCCUAGUCAGAGAUCGGAAAUGACAAGUUAGGACCUUCAGUCAAACGCAGCAUUAGAUUACAGUGUCACAUUUAAACGACUGUGCAAUGAAAUAAAGUCUUAUAAAAUAUCUUUA